AUGUCGUGGAAGCCAUCUGAAAAGCUGGUGUCCACAAUCUCCCAUUAUGCCAGCUUCCCGCCCACCGGCGUCAGUCUUCGACAGAUGGUGCAGUUCGGCGAGAAACCCUCAACUGGAACCCUCUUUCGAGCCUCCCAGUUCCUCUCCGAAGAGCUCCCCGUCCGUCUGGCACACCGGGUUGAAGAGUUGGACAAGCUGCCUGAUGGUCUCAAUGAAAUGACAUCUAUACAAAAGGUCCGAGACUGGUACGCCCAGUCCUUUGAAGAGAUCACGAGCAUGCCGCGACCCGAACUAGACUCCGAUACACGCAAUCGACUCCUCAAUCCUCCCAAAAAAGCGAGCAAUAGACUUCCCACCACCACUCGAAACCCCAGCCUGCGAUACGAAGAGAACGGCAAUGGAAAGAGCUCGUUAAACUCUAGAAGAUACUAUGCUGCUACAGACGACGGAAAGGAAUGGCCUCCUGUCCUCGCCGAAUACAAUCGCAAGUUCGCUCGUACCCUCGAGAUGAUCAAGCGAAGACACGAUCCCGUCGUCACAACCGUGGCGCAGGGCAUCAACGAAUGGAAGAGAAAACAGCAGCGAAUGCAAAUCGACUCGUCGAUUCAAUCCUUUCUCGAUCGCUUCUACAUGUCCCGCAUUGGCAUCCGGAUGCUCAUCGGCCAACACAUUGCUCUGACCGAGCAGCAGUCUCAUCGACAUCCCAACUAUGUUGGUAUAAUAUGCACCAAGACCAAUGUCAAAGAGCUUGCGGAAGAGGCGAUUGAGAAUGCUCGGUUUGUGUGCGAAGACCACUAUGGAUUGUUUGAUGCACCCAAGGUCCAAUUGUUUUGCAACCCCAACCUCAAUUUCAUGUACGUCCCUGGCCAUCUGUCCCACAUGCUGUUCGAGACUCUCAAGAACUCUCUGAGAGCCGUCGUCGAGACCCAUGGGGCAGACAAGGAGGAGUUCCCUGUGACCAAGGUCAUUGUUGCCGAAGGAAAGGAAGAUAUCACCAUCAAAAUCAGCGAUGAAGGAGGUGGCAUUCCCCGAUCGGCCAUUCCAUUGGUCUGGACCUACAUGUACACCACCGUGGACACCACCCCCGAACUGGAUCCGGGCUUCAAUGCUAGUGACUUCAAGGCACCGAUGGCUGGGUUCGGAUACGGGUUGCCGAUUUCGCGCUUGUAUGCGCGAUACUUUGGAGGGGAUUUGAAAUUGAUUUCCAUGGAAGGAUACGGUACCGAUGUCUAUCUCCACCUCAACCGUCUUUCCUCUUCCUCGGAACCUCUACAAUAA